AUGGUCGGAUCCAUACCAAACGAUAUCUUCCAAUUCUCUACAGUCGCCGCCCUCAAGGCCGGCUUCAACCAAGGCCAACCACGAACAUCAGACCUCACCUCACACGGCUCAGACGGCAUUGGCGUCUACGAAGAUGGCAACCUCAUGAUGCUGAAAUCCGGUCAAGCCUUUGCAAUCACCAAAGACGGGAAAGCCAAGCCAGCACCUGCAAACGCACGCCUUCCCCUCGCUCUAGUAACUGUUUAUGAGCCCAACUUCCGUAUCAAGAUACCUUCCAUAAACAUAGACGGCCUCGAGGAACUCACUUCUUCCAAUGAAUUGGGACCUACAAAAGGUGUCAAUACGCUCAUGCCGUUCAGAAUAUUCGGCCGCUUCGAGUCCAUAGAGUUUGAACAUGGAUCUGGUCGCAAUGGAAUUGACGGUGUCAUCUUCGGCUUCAUCGUACCAGAAUGGAUGAAGGCGAUCAGUGGGCCGCGUGUCCAUGCACAUUUCCUGGACACGAACGAGGAGGUUGGUGGAAGGGUGACGGAUUUCCAGAUGGCAGAUCAGGCUUUAUUAGAUUUUGCAAAGUGCGGGAGGUUUCAUUUGGGGUUUCCGCAAGGAGAGGAGUGGGAAAAUAUCAAGUUGUGA